UUGCGCGACAAGGCAGGAGUUGCUCUGUUAACUGCCUCUGGUCCUGAGACGCAGCCGUCUCAGCGGAAUGUGACACGUGCUGCAAGGGCCUGUGUGACACCAGCGACUCUGAACAACAGCGAGAUACAACGCACAAAUCCUGUAUCCAUCAUUGCAUAACUGGGAUUUGACGUGGUUUCGCUGGCCAACGUGCUAACAGUUUACUGAGUGAUAAAGAUUUAUACAAGAUGAAAUUCAAACAGAAAAGUAUUACGUUUGCUGCAAAUGUAACUACAGACGGCAUAUCCCACCCAGAUUCCGACGGCGCUGGACGCAACAGCGUUCAAAAUAACAUAUCGACGUCCUUUUCCGACCAGUUCAAAAGAGGAAGUGGAUCACUGUCAUCAGAAUACGAGCUCCCACAGAGCAAGAAAAAAAAAGGUUUCAUCAAGACCUACGGAUCCGUGGUGGUGUGGUUUGCGAUACUCAUGUGCAUCGCAGCCAUAGUGGUGCCUUGCGUGCUGCUGCUCACUGUGUACGUCUCCACAACUCUGAUCUUCCCGUACGGGGACUGCGUUCUUUUGGAGGAGUACAGGACUCCGUGCACGACCGCCUACUCGGAGGUCGGCCAGCGAGAGUGCGAGGCCGUCAGCUGCUGCUGGGACCCGGGCAGCAGGCAGUGCUACCACUCGAUCCCGGCGCGCCACGCCUACCUCUGGACCUCCACGCGGGAGACCAAGAGGGUGUCGGCGGACAUGGACUUCGAUCUGUCUCCCCGGCUGUCCCGCACGCCUCUUCUCACCACCAGCUACCCUCGUCUGCGGGCCGCGUUCCGGUUCGCGUCGGCGACCCGCCUGAGGAUCGUCGUCGGCACCCCCGGCUCCUCGGCCUUCGCCGACGUCGCGUCGUCGAGCGCGAAUGACUCGAGCUUCGUGGUUCGCGUGUCCGGUCCUGCCUUCACGUUCGAGGUGUACAGGAGAGGCGACAACUCAUCUGCGCCGUUGGUAUCGACGACGCGGAGUCCUCUGAUAGCCAGCGAUAACUACUGGGAGAUCGGUCUGCGUUGUCCUCCGGGAGGCACCGUGUACGGUCUGGGAGGACUGGGGCUCGAAAACACCACUCUGCUGUACAGUUCAUCGUCGAGGUCUGCAAGCUUCCCUUACCUGAUGUGCCUCGGAGAAGAAGGGGAUGCGCAUGGAUUGUUGAUUCAGAAUUAUGGGCCGCUGGAGGUGUCUUUCAAUAAUAAAUCCAACGUCGUAAUCCUGAGAGCUAUAUCUAACCUGGGCUGGGAUAUCAACAUACUUGCAGGUCCUAGACCCAGAGACGUGGUGAACCAGCUGACUGAGAUAGUCGGCAGGCCAAGACUUCCCCCGUUCUGGGUCCUCGGCUUCCACGUCUGUCGGGACUCCUCUGAUGGGACGAACUCGACGCAAGUGAAUGCAACUGCCAUCCUGAGUGAGUUCAUCGAGUUCCACAACCGCUCGAUAUCACAAGGGCUGCCCUAUGACUCGGACUGCAUCCACGAGAGGCUACUCGGCGACCUCAACUUCUCUGCGUCUGCUGAAGUGUUCAGCGAACUUGCCGUUGCAUUCGACGCUCUACAGGCCAGUGGGAAAAAAUUCCUGCUAUCGCUGCCCCCACAGGUGUCGGAGGCGCAGGGCGACUGCUUCCUGAGGCGGGCCGACGGCUCGCUGUACUCGGGCGAGUACCGCGGCCGCCCCGUCCACUACCCGGACUUCGCGCACCCGGGGGCGGGCAACUGGACCGCCUCCAACCUGCGGCUGCUCUCUGCCGCCGCCGGCAACGUCUCCGCGGUGCUGGCGGGCUUCGUGCUGGCCGACAACUGGCCGCAGGACGACAGCCCGGGGCGCGAGGCGGAGGAUCUGCCGUACCUGCCGCAGGCGGCGAACGGCUCGCUGUCCCGGGGCACGGUGCAGUGGUCGGCCCGGCACUACGGCGGCAGGCGGCACUACGAGCUGCACAACUCGUACGGCCGGCUGCAGGGCGAGGCGCUGGUGCGCUCCGCGGCGCUGCAUCACGCGGCGGUCCUGGGCGGCUCCUGCGGGCCCGGGGCAACCGCCUGCGCCAACCAGGGCAGCGCGGCGCCCCAGGCCUCGUGGGCCGGCCUCCGGCGCGCCGUGGUGUCGGUGCUGGGCGCCGGGCUGGCCGGCGUGCCGCUGGCGGGCGGGGGUCCGCUCUGUGCGGGCCGGGGCGACGCUGACCCUACGCUGUGCCUGCGCUGGUACUCGCUGGGCGCCACGCUGCCCCUGGCCCGCGGCUUGGACCCGCCGCUAGGGGGAGCCCUGCUCGCCGCCGGCGUGCUGGAGUCGCUGCGGCUGCGCUACUCGCUGCUGCCGUACUACGGCUCCCUGCUGGCCGAGGCGGGCCGCAGCGGCGAGCCCCUGGCGCGGCCCAUGUUCUACGAGUUCCCGCGCGACCCGGCCGCCCGCCGGCUCGACGAGCAGUUCAUGGUGGGCCCGGCGCUGCUCGCGGCCCCGGCGCUGCGGGCAGACCUGGCCGUGGUGCGGGUGUACCUCCCCGCCGGCGAGCCCUGGUACCUGCUGGAAGGCGGGCUGCCCGUCAGCGACGGCCUGGGGGCCCGCUCCGUUCCGCUGGCCAGCGGCGGCGCGCGGCCCGUGCUGCUGCUGCGCGGCGGUCACGUGCUGCCCACGCAGGAGCCCGGCGCAGACGCCCGCUCGUCGCGGCUGGGCCGCUACAAGCUCGUGGUGGCCCUGGCCUGCGCCGCGGCUGGCGACUGCUCGGCCGCCGGCCACGUGACCUCGGAGGAGGACGUCACCGUCACGUUCCGCGCCAGCUCGGCGUCCCUGGCCGUCGGCAACCUGCGCGAGGCGUGCUCCAGGGCGCAGCUGCCGUCGCUGGCGGAGGUGACCGUCAUGAGGCCGGCGGGGACGUCAGCAGGCCACACUCCCGGCCACGAAACCACGCGGAACACGGCAACGUCCCACGUCUCGACCGGGUCAUCGGGAACUUCAGCCGAUACCUCUGGUCCGUCGACUGCGGCGUCCGCGUCGAUCGAGCCCGGUGCGACGACGUCUUGGUCUAGCGCCGCGGAGGCUGCCGGGGUCACGACGAGUCCCGCCGCUACGGGGUCUUCGUCGAGUUCAGCUUCAGCUUCAGUUUCAGCGGACGGGUCAUCUGGAGCUUCAGCCGAUACCUCUGGUCCGUCGACUGCGGCGUCCGCGUCGAUCGAGCCCGGUGCGACGACGUCUUGGUCUAGCGCCGCGGAGGUUGCCGGGGUCACGACGAGUCCCGCCGCUCCGGGGUCUUCGUCGAGUUCAGCUUCAGCUUCAGUUUCAGCGGACGGGUCAUCGGAAACUUCAGCCGAUACCUCUGGUUCGUCGACUGCGACGUCCGCGUCGAUCGAGCCCGGUGCGACGACGUCUUGGUCUAGCGCCGCGGAGGCUGCCGGGGUCACGACGAGUCCCGCCGCUACGGGGUCUUCGUCGAGUUCAGCUUCAGCUUCAGUUUCAGCGGACGGGUCAUCUGGAACUUCAGCCGAUACCUCUGGUCCGUCGACUGCGGCGUCCGCGUCGAUCGAGCCCGGUGCGACGACGUCUUGGUCUAGCGCCGCGGAGGCUGCCGGGGUCACGACGAGUCCCGCCGCUACGGGGUCUUCGUCGAGUUCAGCUUCAGCUUCAGCUUCAGCGGACGGGUCAUCUGGAGCUUCAGGCGGCACGCCGGCGGUGACGUCAGGGUUGACUGUCCCGUCCUCGUCAUCUCAGUCCUCCGCUGCGCCCGCCACCUCCUCUUCGCCGGGUCUGGGCUCCUCGUCGUCGCACGCCGAACAACACAGCGGGACCAGCAAGACGUCACUACACUCUCUCAACAGAGAACUUCUCGUACCUUAUCGGGCCAGAGCCUUCGCAGCCGAAAGAGACUCCUCGUCCCUCGGUUCCGGGCAAACAGUGACUUACAAGUUUAACAACACGUCCUUGUGCGUUGGCGAAGACACCAUCAUCAUCAACUUCACGUAAACUGUGACGAAUGCCUCAAAAAUUACUUUAACGGAAAUUUCGACGUUCCCACAGGAUGUCAGAUAUGAAACAACAACGGGACAUUCAAUAAAAACGUGACCAAAAACUGAACAAAAAUAUCAGUCUCGCUGGGAACAUUAUGAUAGCAAUUAUAUUGAGAAUUGCAAAUAGUUUGUGUAUAACAUUAACAACUUUAUAUAAUUUAACAUUCGUUCCAUGUCAAAUGUAAGGUCGAUAAAAAGCCACAAAUCACAUUUAAUAACUCUCAACUUUUGUUAACUAAUAAAUUUUGUCAAAGGAAAAACAAAAGCAUUUUAAGAAAUGUAAAUUCUGAAAAAGAAAAAAAAAUAUUUUUAAAGAUUUUUUAAAUGUCAGAGCCUUGAACCGAAAGAGGAACAUUUUUACGUGUUUACUUUAAAUUUGGCUCAGAGGAUUAGUUCUUUUACUCUUGGUUACGGUUUGUUCACUCAAGUUAUUUUCAUCAGUGAAUAAUGAAUAAUCAAAGGGUAUAUUUUAUUAUUAAUAAUAAGGUCAUUAACUUAAAAGCACUUUGCCUGAGGCAUGUUAUCUAAAAUUACGCUGAAAUGUUAUGAAAAAUUAAUGUUAUGAAUGCCCCACUGCAUUGGUUUAGAGAUUAUGUACUGUGUUUUUCUAAGAUUAAAAUUAUGGUCUUUGCUGAGUUCACUGAUCAAUUAUAGAAAUAAAUGUAGGCUACGCAUACAUAAUAAGUUAUUUUAGAUUAAUGUAUGUACCUAAAGAUUUAUGAACAAAAUAUAACUUUCGUGCUACUUUCCACUGUCCUUACAGCAUUAAAAACUUUGUAAUUGGGUAAUACUUGUUUAAUGUAAGGUUUUAUGUUAGGAGACUUCUUGUUUUUAAACAUUCUCCUUUAUUCAGGCUUACAAGUGAAGUUCUGUAUUUGCUUCGCUGGUAUUUUUAAGUUAUUAAUAGUGGUACUUAAUGUUUAUUUUGUACACUUAAAAUUAAAUUACCAAUUUAUGUGUUGUAAAUAAUGGUAGCGUGAUAAUAAUAACACAUGCAGGGUUUGUUGAACUUGACAAAGAAACUUCAGUUUAUUGAGAUAAAGUCGAAUAAAAUAUAGUUCUGUUAAA